AAUGCUAAUUGUAUAAAUACAAUGGAGCAGAUCUAAUGUUGUUAUUCAACUGGGGACUAUCCCGCAUUAUGAACAAACUCUCUUUAAUCUCUAGCAAAUACCGGUUGUUACCCCUAGAGAGUAUACUAAAAUCGUCAAGAGAUGAUGUGGUGUGACAACAAAACAUAUCUUAACUGAUUUUGAGAAGUCGUUGCUUGUGAAAGGUUUAAAUUUUUCUGUACCUCCUCAGUCUCUUAAUUAUGGUGACUAUCUCGUGAAUUAUGAAACUCUUUUCAGGGAUAUACGGGGUAUCAAUUUACUUAAUAAUGAGGAUCUUGACUUCGUCAAAACGAGGAUUAAAGAUGUGGCAUUAUCUACUUAUCGUUCUUAUAACGAUAAAGUUGACAAAGACAUCUACAACAACAGAAUGGAAGAAAUUCUAUCUGACAGCAGCAAAUUUAGAAAGCUCAGUCUACCAUCUGAUAACCUUUUGAAUUUUACCAUUGGUGAAGAGAGAAAGAUUACCAAUGUUUAUAAGGCUCUCUUAAAAUCUGGCGGGCUGAGUGAAGCCAAUUACAAUAAAUUUCGCCCUGUAGGCUCCAAACCUGGUAUACUUUAUGGGCUUUGCAAGGUCCAUAAAAAGUGUAUUAAUGGAUGUCCACCCUUUAGACCUAUCUUAUCUGCUAUUGGUAUACCAGUCUAUAAGUUAGCUAAGUUUUUUGUCCCUGUGUUAUCUAAUGUCACGAAAAACGAAUAUACAGUUCAUGACUCAUUCUCCUUUACCGAAGACAUCAUUCAACAAGAUGGCAGUCUCUAUAUGGCCAGCCUUGACAUUGACUCUUUAUUUACCAACAUUCCGUUAAAUGAAACGAUAGAAAUAUGUACCAACCUGGUCUUUGAUCAAUGUGAUAGGUGUCAAGGUCUAACUAGAAGUGAGUUUAAAUCUCUUUUAGAGCUAGCUACCAAGGAGUCAUAUUUCAUUUUUAAUGACAAAAUUUAUCAACAAAUUGAUGGAGUGGCUAUGGGUUCACCCUUAGGCCCCACAUUUGCUAAUGUUUUUUUGUGCUAUCAUGAACAAAACUGGUUGAACAAUUGUCCAACAGAAUUCAAGCCCGUCUACUUUAAAAGGUCAUUGACGAUAUUUUUGUGUUGUUUUCAUCCCCGGACCACUUGCCAAAAUUUCAAAAUUACUUGAAUAAAUGCCAUCCUAACAUCUCUUUUACAUCAGAGACGGAAAAGAGCAAUAAAUUAUCUUUCCUUGACAUAUCCAUUACUCGCGAUGUGGACCGAAAGUUUAUUACAUCCAUAUAUAGAAAGCCUACUUUUAGCGGAGUGUACACGCACUUCGAUAGCUUUAUUCCUGAAAGCUAUAAAUUCGGCUUAAUUUAUACUUUGCUUCAUCGUUGUUUUAAAAUUUGUUCAAGUUGGUCAAUUUUCCAUCAUGAGGUUAUUAGAAUCAAAGAUAUCUUUAUUCGAAAUGGCUAUCCAGAACUAUUUAUUGACAAGGUCACAAAACACUUUUUUUCAAUAUCUCGCAAAACCAAAGGAGUCACUCACACAGCUGAGAAGAAAAACAUUUUGAUUGUUCUCCCUUUUUUAGGUAAAACAUCUUUACAAACGAGAACGAAGUUAGAAAAACUUUUUAAAUCUACUUUGCAUUGUUGUAAACUUUCUGUUGUUUUCAGAACUCACACUCGCUUAUCUAACUUCUUCAGAUUUAAAGACCUGUUGCCCAAAGAAUUAAAGUCAGGCGUCAUUUACAAAUAUAAGUGCAGUGGCUGCAACGCCACUUAUAUAGGUGAGACGUCGCGUCAUCUUAAGGUUCGGGCAAGCGAGCACCUCGGAGUGUCUCCCUUAACAGGUAAGAAAUCAACCUCAUCUAAUUGCACGGCAAUUAAAGAUCAUCUUAAAGCCUGUCACACCACAUCAUCUCUUGACGAUUUUAGUAUACUCUCUAGGGGUAACAACCGGUAUUUGCUAGAGAUUAAAGAGAGUUUGUUCAUAAUGCGGGAUAGUCCCCAGUUGAAUAACAACAUUAGAUC